GGGUUACAAUUACGAACAGACCGCAAAACUCAUGGAUCAGGCGACCUUGGUGAUCUGACUAGUGUCACGGUUAGCCAGUCUUCCAGGCUAGUUGCCAACUGUCUCUCUGCCCCGCUUGAUAUGACCUCGGCAUACUCACACGCCCUAAUCUAUUUGAUUAAGAGUCUAAUACUUCUUUUGAGUCGCAUGGAUUCCACUUUUUCUCUUGAUAGCUUUAGCAAUGUGAUUCGGUACCUGCCAUUUAAGCCAUUUUCUCAGUGUCAAUGGAGAUUUGUUUCGAGUCCGUGUAAAAUGGCUAGAUAUACGAUGUGCGACAUUCCCUCUCGCCAUUUGACCGGCCAGCUCAUGUGUGUAUAUAUAAGAGCCUCUGAUCCAGGCAGUCUAGAAAUUCCUGCAAUUGCCAUCCAGUAUCCUGGAGUUGUUGUUCUUAUGCCCUUUCUAUUGAAAAAAAUAUAUCCUAGCAAUGAUGCUCUCGAUGUUUCAGUUAGUCUUUUCAAUGAAGAAAGAUGUGAAAAAGAUCCUGGCAUCAAAAAAGAUGGCAUCCAACCUACAUACCUGCAUAAUAAUGGCUUUGGUAUUGAGGAGGUCAAGGGGAAAGAAAAGGGGAACCAUUUUUCACUGCCGAAUAUGGACUAUUUGCUGACUGAGUACGUGGGUGCUUUCGGGCCCUGGCAAUGGCUUAUCAUGAUUUUAUGUGCCAUUACUACGCCCAAUUCUAGCAUGCUGCCGGUAUAUAUUAGCGUCGAUCACCCUCACAGAUGCCAGGCACCUGCUGCUCUGGAGCAUCGGUUGAUGGAAUUAAAUAUGUCUUUCUCUCAGACCGCUAGGCUUAUUGGCCCUUGGUUCUCAGACUUUGCUGAUGGGCAAAAAGCCAACGAUCCUAAUGGUUAUACUUACGGUUGCAACCGAUAUCAUUUACCCGCCAAUUGGCUGGCGAAUCUCUCAAAAAUCAUGGAUUCUUCUUGCCUCCUGAAGUCGCUGCAAAACUUUGUAAGUAAUGCCAGUCUUUUACAACUUGAGGACUGCGUCGACGGCUACGUUUUUCAGGCCACCGAAUUCCAGUACGCUGAUAGCGUGGUGGCAGACUUUGGCUUAGUAUGUUCUGUCCGUUGGCUUUCGGCCACUGGUACUGCUGUUUACAUGCUUGGCAUGGUUUUAGGCUUCCUGUUCGGCGGCUGGCUUGGCGAUCGCUAUGGCCGUAGGCGAACUGUACUCGCCUUCUCCGCGCUUGAGAUGCUCGCCGGACUGACUGUCUCUUUGGCUCCCAAUUUUGCAUUGUUUGCCCUUCUCCGUUGUCUUGUCGGCCUCGCGAUGACCGGCAAAAUUACUUGUCUGACAGUCCUACCCAUGGAGCUGACUUUGGCUGACUAUCGCAGCCUCGUCAGUGCUUUCCGCCUUCUCGUGCUCAAUUCUGUAUUUCCUGGGCUGCUUGUCCUUUCUGCCCUCCUGUUGCCGGCCCACUGGCGUUGGCUGAAUGCCGUAACCAUGCUUCCAGCCAUCCUCGGUCUUGCCCAUCUCUACUGGCUGCCCGAAUCGCCUCGUUGGCUCGCAUCACAGGGUCGCUGGCCCGAGGCAAUGCGAAUUCUCAUCUCUGGACGUCGUACAAAUAUGGCCCUAACGCCGUCGGCCUGCUGCCAGGCGACUCGAGGCCGCAUCCUCUCAAGGGAUGAGUCUCAACUCAACGAGCUGGCCGCCACCAUUAUGCAAUGUCCGCGAGCCUCUCAUCAGACCACUCGAUCCCAUUCUGGACGCACAUCGACUUUCCUCAUGGCCUUUUUUGCCCCUUUGGCAACACCUUAUCUGCGACGAAUCACAUUGUUAGCCACGCUACUGUUUGCCAACCACAUGAUGGCAAUGUUCGGCUUGCUUUUAUAUGCCAGUCGGGUUCGCCAGCAUGUCAACAUCAUAGUGCUUGUCAAUGCGGCUACCUACUUGCCUGGAUUACUUGUUUCCUGUUUGAUUGGCCGGUUCAUGCGAUCCCGGCGAACACCACUCGUCCUUCUCUACGCGAUCUGUUUUGUAAGCCUUGGGACAUCCGGUCUUUACACUUUUGUUGUUGCUCCGGCCGAUGACUCUUUGCUCACCGUAGGAAUUUCCAUAGGUCUUGUCUGUAUAUCAGCUGCCCUUGGUCUGCUAUACGCCUACGUGCCUGAACUGUAUCCCAGUCAGAUGCGUGCACAGGGUUUAGGAACGACCUCAGGCCUGGGACGUUUCGGGGCUGUUCUUUGCACCUACGUCAACCAACUUGGCGAUAGUGUUCGUCAUGGCCUUCCCGUCGUCGUUUUUGCCGGCAUGAUCGGUCUUGCGUUUGGCGUACUUGUUGCCAUGCCAGAUACAAGUGGCGAGAAUCUAGCAGAUAAUCUGGUCAUGGAUGGGGAGGAGCCGGAGGAUGAGGUGAUGAUGAUGGCUGGGACAACAAAAAACGCCACAAAACUGUAUGCAGAAGAGUAG